CAAAUCGAGUCGUUCACCACAGUCCACAGCCGAGAAAGCUUGGAUGGGAGCUUACAGAGCUUCCAUGGCGUCUUCAUUUUCAUUGGUCCACUCCGCUACCUUAUUGAAGAACUCUAUUUUCCUCCGCCGCAGCAGAGUCCUAGCCUUUUCUCUCCACCUAUCGCCUUUCUCCACCUCCUCCGCCACUCUUUCUUCGGAUGUACUUCACGCGCAUAAGAAGUCCAGACAACCCGUUGCCGCCACGCUUCUCGAACUCGGCGGGGUCAAAGUUGCCAGGGAUGAAAUUGUGAAGGAUGAUCCGACGAACAAUGUUCCUGAUUCCAUUUUCUCAAAGCUUGGAUUGCAGCUGCAUAGGAGGAAUAAUCAUCCACUCGGCAUACUCAAGAAUGCAAUUUUCGAUUAUUUUGACACCACCUACCCCAACAAAUUUACCAAGUUCGACGAUUUAUGUCCAAUAGUCUCUGUGAAAGCGAACUUUGAUGAUGUGUUGGUGCCUGCUGAUCAUGUAAGCAGGAGUUACAAUGACACAUAUUAUAUAGACUCUCAAACUGUCUUGAGGUGCCAUACAAGUGCACAUCAAGCUGAGUUACUGAGGGAAGGACACACUCAUUUCCUUGUCAUGGGAGAUGUUUACCGCAGAGAUUCAAUAGACGCUACCCACUACCCUGUAUUCCAUCAGAUGGAAGGUGUACGGGUAUUCAAUCCAGCUGACUGGGAGGGAUCUGGGAAAGAUGGCACACAAUUUGCAGCUGAGGAUCUUAAGAAAUGUCUUGAGGGUUUGGCACAACAUUUAUUUGGCGGUGUGGAAAUGCGUUGGAUUGACACAUAUUUUCCCUUCACCAAUCCCUCAUUUGAACUGGAAAUAUACUUUCAGGAACAAUGGCUGGAAGUGUUGGGUUGUGGAGUGAUGGAGCAAGACAUACUGCGAAGAAACGGAAGGACUGACAAUGUUGCUUGGGCUUUUGGGCUUGGACUGGAGCGCUUAGCUAUGGUUUUAUUUGACAUUCCAGAUAUCCGUCUUUUCUGGACUACUGAUGAGCGAUUUACUUCACAAUUCUCCAAGGGCCAACUUGGUGUUAAGUUUAAGCCAUUUUCAAAGUUUCCUCCAUGUUAUAAGGAUAUGAGUUUCUGGAUCAGUGAUUCAUUUACUGAAAACAACCUGUGUGAAGUUGUUAGAGGUAUUGCUGGAGAUCUUGUUGAGGAGGUGAAAUUGAUCGACAACUUCACCAACAAGAAAGGAAUGACGAGCCAUUGCUACAGGAUUGCUUAUAGGUCAAUGGAACGGUCACUUACUGAUGAGGAGAUCAACGAUUUACAGUGGAAAGUGCGGGAGCAAGUGGAGACCAAGUUGAAAGUUGUUCUUAGAUGAGCAUUUUGUUUUGUUUAAGAUACUUGUAUAUGCAUCUUUUAUAGCUUGGGCUGACAGAACCAGCUAUACAAGGUAAUAAAUUUCAUGCAACUUUUCUGUUGA